AUGCUCUGCCCCUAUCUUAUAUUUGCGCGCUUCAACGAUGACUUGAAGACGGCCGCGUCGCUGAAGGUGAUUCCAGCCCUCGAUCACUUCAUUGACGUCUUCGCACCUAUUCCCCCAAAAGAUUCCAAUGAUAAAUGGACGCAAAUAUUUAUCGACAUGAUUCUUCUAGGCGCCACGGCUGGCUUUGGUAGAACAAUUACCGGUGCGCUGUCAGCAUUGCCCGAAUUCUCAAAAUCAAACUCGUACGUUACAGAAGCUGCGGUCAAAACUCUUGUGGGAGGCGCAACCGAUAAGAUCAAAGAACUCCGAGAUAAGAAGGGACUGUAA